AUGGACCCGUUUUUUCACACUCAAGUUGGGGAUGUCCUUUACAUGUCGAAGCUGGUGAAUGAUUCAUCCCUGUGGAACUUCAGCUUGGGCGACUGGUUCCACAACAAGACAACCGAUGGGUUCCUCCCCAUGCGGAUCAAGGUCACUAUUGUGAUUGUCUACUCCAUUGUUUGCAUCGUGGGACUUGUGGGCAACUGCUCGGUCAUGUAUGUGAUCAUCAGAUUUACCAAGAUGAAGACAGCAACCAACAUCUACAUCUUCAACUUGGCUUUAGCUGACACCUUGUGCCUCAUGACUUUACCUUUUCAAGGCACAGAUACCUUCUUGGGCUCCUGGCCAUUUGGAAAUGCCCUCUGCAAGAUUGCCAUCUCCAUUGAUUAUUACAACAUGUUCACCAGCACCUUCACCCUGACUAUGAUGAGCGUGGACCGCUAUAUUGCCAUUUGCCACCCCAUCAAGGCACUGGACAUCCGUACCCCCCACAAAGCCAAAGUAGUUAACGUUGGCAUUUGGGCAUUAGCUUCUGUUUUUGGCAUCCCGGUCAUGGUGAUGGGCUCAACAGAGAAGGAAAAUGAUGAAAUUGACUGUCUCAUUAGACUUCCGGAACCUGAGGACUAUUGGGAACCCAUUUUUGGAAUCUGCAUAUUUCUUUUCUCCUUCAUGAUCCCUGUGAUGGUGAUCACUAUCUGCUACAGCCUCAUGAUCAGGCGCCUGAAAAAUGUCCGGGUCCUCUCUGGAUCAAAGGAAAAGGACAGGAACCUUCGGCGCAUUGCUCGGUUGGUUCUUGUAGUGGUGGCUGUCUUCAUUAUCUGUUGGACCCCAGUCCAUAUCUUUGUCCUGGUCCGAAGUCUUGGGGCCAAGGCUGAUAAUGAGCUCAGUUUGUCCAUCUUGUACUUUUGCACUGCACUGGGCUAUGCCAACAGCUGCCUGAACCCCGUCCUCUAUGCUUUCUUAGACGAGAACUUCAAGACAUGUUUCAAGAAGUUCUGCUUCCCUUCAGCCUUUAGAAAAGAGCUGCAGAUGUCCAACCGCAUGUGUAGUAUUGCCAAGGACGUGGCGUAUGCGUGCAAGAACUCCGACGGGACUAACAACCCGGCAUGA